UUUCAUUCGAGUCGCACGUGUAGCAAGUUCUAGCAAGAAUUUGUUAAAUAUUUUAUUAUAUUUCUAUUAAAAAAAGUGUAAUUUAAAGCAAUAUUUUAUAAAAAAUGGAACCUGGCAUAUGUUAUAUAAAACCGGAAUAUUUAGUUGAAGAUGCUAAGAAAAAUGCAGCAGCCGCUGAGAAUGUAAAUAAAGAGGAAAACAACAAAAGAAAACAUUCAGAAGGAGAAGGUAACCCCACAAACGAACAGACUACUGAGACUGAUAAGAAUGGUAAAGGAAGAAAAUUUCAGAAAAAUAAUAAAAAGGAUCGGAAAAGGGGACAAAAUAAGCAUCGUCCCAUUUAUAAAGAAGAUCGCAAUUUACAUCUCUGUCAUUCCUUAAUAAAUGGUCCCACCGAAAAGAAAUGCGCUUUGGAAAAUUGCCGCUAUGUCCAUGACUUGGAACAAUAUAUGGCCAAUAAACCUGAGGAUUUGGCCGAAAAAUGUCCCGUAUAUGAAGCCAAAGGUUAUUGUCCUCGCGGUGUUACCUGUCGUUUUGCCAAAUGUCAUCUUGAUAGCGAGGGUCGUAAUAUCAAAAACCCGGAAUAUAAUGAAAAUUUACCUCCUUCCACAUGCAAUGGCAUCACCUCGGAAUUGCAAAUACGUUUGCGCAAAAGGGAUUAUGAUUUUUCCAGAUGUAAGCAGCUGGUAACAGAAUCUGAAAAAUUGCGAGAUGCGAGAAAGGAAAAACAAGCAGCAGAAAAAGAUCAAAAACAAAAUGAAGAAGAAGAGAACAAAGAAAAACCCGUAGGAUCUUGUGUGGAUGAGGAGGAAACAAAGGGCAGAGAUGUAAAACAAAAUAAACCCAUAGACUUUGCUGAGAAAUUAGUAUUAUCUCCCUUAACAACAGUGGGUAAUUUACCUUUUCGUCGUAUUUGUAAAGAAUUUGGAGCCGAUAUAACCUGUGGUGAGAUGGCCUGUUGUGUACCUUUGGUUAAGGGUAUGACCCAAGAAUGGGCUCUUACAAAGCGUCAUGAAUCCGAGGAUAUUUUUGGUGUACAAAUAUGUGGCAAUAAUCCCAAUAUAAUAGCACAAACAGCUCAGUUGUUGCAGGAAACAGCCAAAGUAGAUUUUCUAGAUUUAAAUAUUGGCUGUCCCAUCGAUUUAAUAUACCAACAGGGAGGCGGUAGUGCCCUGAUGAGGAGAACUAAUAUUUUGGAAUUGACAGUAAGAACUUGUGCGGCCAUGAAUCCUUUAAUACCCUUUACUGUGAAAAUGCGCACCGGCAUAUAUGCAGAUAAACGUGUGGCCCAUGAUUUAAUGCCUAUGGUAGAGGAGUGGGGUGCUUCUGCGGUAACGUUACAUGGACGCUCAAGGGAACAACGUUAUACCAAGAAUGCUAAUUGGGAAUAUAUAGAGGCAUGUGCUGCCAAAGUUAAACAUAUACCAGUCAUUGGUAAUGGUGAUAUUUUAAGCUAUGAAGACUAUAUGGAAAAGAGGAAAAUUGCUCCCCAUGUAUCUUCGGUAAUGAUUGGCCGUGGUGCCUUAAUAAAACCUUGGAUUUUCAAAGAAAUCAAGGAACAAAAGAAUUGGGAUCCUACCUCUGCCGAACGUUUUGAAAUGAUGCGUAAAUAUGUGAACUAUGGCCUCGAACAUUGGGGUUCCGAUACUAAAGGUGUAGAGAACACUAGACGUUUCUUGCUGGAAUGGCAAUCUUUCUUAUACCGUUACAUACCCUACGAUCUCAUGAUGGAGCCGCCGCAAAAAAUCAAUCAAAGACCUCAAUCAUUUAGAGGACGCGAUGAAAUGGAAACAUUAAUGAGCUCGCCCAACUCACAAGAUUGGGUUAAGUUAAGUGAAAUGCUGUUGGGCCCAGUACCAGAGGGUUAUACAUUUAUGCCAAAGCAUAAAGCUAAUUCAUAUUAAACUACUAUACUAAUAAGGUAAUACAAAACAUAAUAAAAAUUAUAGAUUUUUUUGGAAAAAA